AUGAGGCGAGUGGUACGGCAGAGCAAGUUCCGGCACGUCUUCGGCCAGGCGGUGAAGAACGAUCAGUGCUACGACGACAUCCGCGUGUCCCGCGUCACCUGGGACAGCUCCUUCUGCGCCGUCAACCCUCGCUUCGUCGCCAUCAUCGUCGACGCCAGCGGCGGGGGAGCCUUCCUGGUGCUGCCCUUGCACAAGACAGGCAGGAUUGACAAGUCCUACCCAACAGUGUGUGGUCACACAGGACCAGUGCUGGACAUAGACUGGUGUCCCCAUAAUGACCAGGUCAUCGCCAGCGGCUCCGAGGACUGCACUGUCAUGGUGUGGCAGAUCCCCGAGAACGGCCUGACCCUGUCCCUGACGGAGCCGGUGGUGGUGCUAGAAGGUCACUCCAAGAGAGUUGGCAUCGUGGCCUGGCACCCCACGGCUCGCAACGUGCUGCUCAGCGCAGGCUGUGACAAUGCAAUCAUCAUCUGGAACGUGGGAACGGGUGAAGCCCUGAUCACCCUGGAUGACAUGCACGUGGAUAUGAUCUACAACGUGAGCUGGAAUCGCAACGGCAGCCUCAUCUGCACAGCUUCCAAAGACAAGAAGGUUCGAGUCAUCGACCCCAGGAAACAAGAAAUCGUUGCUGAGAAAGAUAAAGCCCACGAGGGAGCCCGGCCCAUGCGAGCCAUUUUCCUUGCUGAUGGCAACAUCUUCACAACCGGCUUCAGCCGCAUGAGCGAACGGCAGCUGGCCCUGUGGAAUCCAAAAAACAUGGAGGAGCCCAUAGCCCUUCAUGAGAUGGACACCAGCAACGGGGUCCUGCUGCCCUUCUACGAUCCAGAUACCAACAUCAUUUACUUGUGUGGCAAGGGUGACAGCAGCAUUCGCUACUUCGAGAUCACGGACGAGUCCCCCUACGUUCACUACCUCAACACCUUCAGCAGCAAAGAGCCGCAGAGGGGCAUGGGGUUCAUGCCAAAGAGGGGCCUGGAUGUCAACAAGUGUGAGAUUGCCAGGUUCUUCAAGCUUCACGAGCGGAAGUGCGAGCCCAUCAUCAUGACGGUUCCUCGGAAGUCGGACCUCUUCCAGGAUGAUCUGUACCCUGAUACAGCUGGCCCAGAAGCAGCUCUGGAAGCAGAGGAGUGGUUUGAGGGGAAGAAUGCUGAUCCCCUUCUCAUCUCCUUGAAGCAUGGGUACAUUCCAGGCAAGAACAGGGAUCUCAAGGUGGUCAAGAAGAACAUACUGGACAACAAGCCCCCUCCUCUGCCCCUUCCCUCCUCUGCCCCUUCCCUCUCUCCUCUCUCCCAGCAAAACGAAGCCAAGCUGGAUGAGAUUUUGAAGGAGCUGAGGUGCAUCAAGGACACGAUCAGCAGCCAGGACGAGCGCAUUUCCAAGCUGGAGCAGCAGAUGGCGAAACUCGCGGACUGAGCAGGGCCAGCCCCCUGCCGCCGGCCCAGGCACAUUCCAGUUUCCCCAGUUUGGCAAGCAGCAGCCUGCAGCAUUCCAGUACGAGCUUUCCUGUUCUCCUAAAUUCACCUCAACGAGAGCUGAUGAUUAAAGGCCAAGCUUUUUA